CUUGUAGCAAAACUUUUUCUUUUUCUUUUUAGGGGUUUGCUGUAAAAUGGGACUUCUGACUGUAUUCACUGGACUGUGGCUGUUUUCCUUAGUAAAGGCAGAUUCAAAAGCCAUCACAACUUCUCUUACAACAAAAUGGUUUUCCACUCCUUUGUUAUUAGAAGCCAGUGAGUUUUUAGCAGAAGACAGUCAAGAGAAGUUUUGGAGUUUUGUAGAAGCCAGUCACAAUAUUGGAUCAUCAGGUCAUCACGGUACUGAUUAUUCCUAUUAUCAUGCAAUAUUAGAAGCUGCAUUUCAAUUUCUGUCACCUCUACAGCAGAAUUUGUUGAAGUUUUCUCUGUCUCUCCAUUCCUACUCUGCUACAAUUCAAGCCUUCCAGCAGAUAGCAGCUGAUGAACCUCCACCAGAAGGAUGUAACUCGUUUUUUUCAGUGCAUGGAAGGAAGACCUGUGAUUUUGAUACCCUUGAGACUCUUCUACUAACAGCACCUGAAAGACCCAAACCCUUAUUGUUCAAAGGCGAUCACAGAUACCCCUCAUCUAGUCCUGAGAGUCCAGUGGUGAUUUUCUACUCUGAGAUCGGCUAUGAGUCAUUUUAUAAUUUCCACCGCCAGCUUGUAUCAAAAAGCAAUGCAGGCAAAAUCAGUUACAUAUUCAGACAUUAUAUAUCGACCCCCAGAAAAGAGCCUGUUUAUCUCUCCGGCUAUGGUGUGGAACUGGCCAUUAAGAGCACUGAGUACAAGGCCAAGGAUGAUACUCAGGUGAAAGGAACUGAAGUAAACACCACAGUGAUCGGUGAUAAUGAUCCUAUUGAUGAAGUUCAAGGAUUUCUCUUUGGAAAAUUAAGAGACCUACACCCUGACCUGAAGGGACAGUUGAAAGAACUUAGAAAGCAUCUUGUGGAGAGCACCAAUGAAAUGGCACCUUUAAAAGUUUGGCAAUUGCAAGAUCUAAGUUUCCAGACUGCUGCCCGAAUCUUGGCUGCUCCUAUUGAAUUGGCUUUGGUGGUGAUGAAGGAUCUUAGUCAAAAUUUUCCUACCAAAGCCAGGGCAAUAACAAAAACAGCUGUGAGUUCAGAGCUUAGAUCUGAAGUGGAAGAGAAUCAGAAGUAUUUCAAGGGAACUUUAGGAUUACAGCCUGGAGACUCAGCACUGUUCAUCAAUGGACUUCAUAUUGACUUAGAUACGCAGGAUAUAUUCAGUCUCUUUGAUGUAUUGAGGAAUGAAGCCCGGGUCAUGGAGGGUCUACAUAGACUGGGAAUAGAAGGUCUUUCUCUGCAUAAUGUUUUGAAACUGAACAUCCAGCCCUCUGAGGCCGACUAUGCUGUAGACAUCAGGAGUCCUGCUAUUUCGUGGAUCAACAACCUGGAGGUUGAUGCCAGAUAUAAUUCAUGGCCUUCUAGUCUACAGGAGUUGCUUCGGCCCACUUUUCCUGGUGUUAUCCGGCAGAUCCGGAAAAAUUUGCAUAACAUGGUUUUCAUAGUUGAUCCUGCUCAUGAGACCACAGCAGAGUUGAUUAACACAGCUGAAAUGUUCCUCAGUAAUCAUAUACCACUAAGACUCGGUUUAAUCUUUGUGGUUAAUGAUUCUGAAGAUGUGGAUGGGAUGCAAGAUGCUGGAGUGGCUAUUAUGAGAGCAUAUAAUUAUGUUGCCCAAGAAGUGGAUGAUUAUCACGCCUUCCAGACUCUGACACAUAUAUAUAACAAAGUAAGGACUGGAGAAAAGGUGAAAGUCGAACAUGUGGUCAGUGUCCUGGAGAAGAAAUACCCAUAUGUAGAAGUGAACAGCAUUUUGGGGAUCGAUUCUGCUUAUGAUCAGAAUCGGAAGGAAGCAAGAGGCUACUACGAGCAGGCUGGAGUUGGUCUGCUGCCUGUUGUUCUGUUCAAUGGAAUGCCCCUUGAAAAGGAGCAGCUAGAUCCUGAUGAAUUGGAAACCAUCACAAUGCACAAAAUCCUGGAGACUACCACCUUCUUCCAAAGAGCAGUGUACUUGGGUGAACUGUCCCACGAUCAAGAUGUGGUAGAGUAUAUUAUGAAUCAGCCGAAUGUUGUUCCACGAAUCAACCCUAGGAUUUUGACGGUUGAGCGAGAAUACCUGGAUUUAACAGCAACCAAUAACUUUUUUGUGGAUGACUAUGCUAGAUUUACUGUUUUGGAUUCUCAAGGCAAGACUGCUGCUAUAGCUAAUAGUAUGAACUAUCUGACAAAGAAAGGGAUGUCCUCCAAGGAAAUCUAUGAUGAUUCUUUUAUUAGGCCAGUAACUUUUUGGAUUGUUGGGGAUUUUGAUAGCCCCUCUGGAAGGCAAUUAUUGUAUGAUGCUAUUAAACAUCAGAAAUCCAGUAACAAUGUUAGGAUAGGCAUGAUCAAUAAUCCUGGUGAUGACAUAAAUUAUGAGAACAUGCAGAUCUCCAGAGCAAUCUGGGCAGCUCUUCAAACACAGACCUCCAACUCUGCUAAGAACUUCAUUACAAAAAUGGCCAAGGAGGAGACUGCGGAGGCCCUGGCUGCAGGAACUGAUAUUGGGGAGUUCUCUGUUGGGGGCAUGGAUUUCAGUCUUUUUAAAGAGGUCUUUGAAGCUUCCAAAAUGGAUUUCAUUUUGUCUCAUGCCAUGUACUGCAGGGAUGUCCUGAAGCUGAAGAAGGGACAGAGGGCAGUGAUCAGCAAUGGAAGGAUCAUUGGGCCACUGGAGGAUAAUGAACUCUUUAAUCAAGAUGAUUUCCACCUCCUGGAAAAUAUCAUCUUAAAAACUUCAGGACAGAAAAUUAAAUCUCAUAUUCAACAGCUUCGGGUAGAAGAAGAUGUGGCAAGUGACUUGGUAAUGAAGGUGGAUGCUCUCCUAUCAGCUCAACCAAAAGGGGAAGCAAGAGUCGAGUACCAGUUUUUUGAAGACAGACACAGUGCAAUUAAACUGAGGCCGAAAGAAGGAGAGACGUACUUUGAUGUCGUGGCUGUCAUUGACCCUGUCACCAGAGAAUCGCAGAGACUUGCCCCAUUGCUCUUGGUGUUAACUCAGCUGAUCAACAUGAAUCUAAGAGUAUUUAUGAACUGCCAGUCUAAACUUUCUGACAUGCCUUUAAAAAGCUUUUACCGUUAUGUCUUAGAACCAGAGAUUUCUUUCACUUCAGACAACAGUUUUGCUAAGGGUCCAAUAGCCAAAUUUUUGGAUAUGCCACAGUCUCCUCUGUUCACUCUGAAUUUGAACACACCUGAGAGUUGGAUGGUGGAGUCUGUCAGAACUCCAUAUGAUCUGGAUAAUAUUUAUUUAGAAGAGGUGGACGGCAUAGUGGCUGCUGAGUACGAACUGGAGUACCUCUUACUAGAAGGUCACUGCUAUGAUAUCACCACAGGGCAGCCUCCACGGGGACUACAGUUUACAUUAGGAACUUCAGCCAACCCAGUCAUUGUGGAUACCAUUGUGAUGGCCAAUCUGGGUUACUUUCAGUUAAAAGCCAACCCAGGAGCUUGGAUUCUCAGACUAAGGAAGGGACGUUCCGAAGAUAUUUACAGGAUCUAUAGCCAUGAUGGGACAGACUCUCCGCCCGAUGCUGGUGACGUGGUGGUUGUCCUCAAUAACUUUAAGAGCAAAAUUAUUAAAGUGAAGGUUCAGAAGAAGGCGGACAUGGUGAACGAGGACUUGCUGAGCGAUGGGACUAAUGAGAAUGAGUCUGGAUUUUGGGAUUCCUUCAAAUGGGGCUUCACCGGAGGACAGAGGGCUGAGGAAGUGAAACAGGAUAAAGACGACAUAAUUAAUAUUUUCUCUGUUGCAUCUGGUCAUCUCUAUGAGAGGUUUCUUCGCAUAAUGAUGUUAUCAGUGCUGAAGAAUACCAAGACUCCUGUGAAAUUCUGGUUUUUGAAGAAUUAUUUGUCUCCCACAUUUAAGGAGUUUAUACCUUAUAUGGCAGACAAAUACAGUUUCCAGUAUGAGCUUGUCCAGUACAAAUGGCCCCGGUGGCUUCACCAACAGACCGAAAAGCAGCGCAUCAUCUGGGGGUACAAGAUCCUCUUCCUGGACGUGCUCUUCCCCCUGGUUGUCGACAAGUUCCUGUUUGUCGAUGCUGACCAGAUCGUACGAACAGAUCUGAAAGAGUUAAGAGAUUUCAAUUUGGAUGGUGCCCCUUAUGGUUAUACUCCUUUCUGUGACAGCCGAAAAGAAAUGGAUGGCUACAGGUUCUGGAAAUCAGGGUACUGGGCCAGUCACUUAGCUGGGCGCAAGUAUCAUAUCAGUGCAUUGUAUGUUGUUGAUCUGAAGAAGUUCAGGAAAAUAGCUGCUGGUGACAGACUCAGGGGACAGUACCAAGGUCUGAGUCAGGAUCCAAACAGUCUUUCAAAUCUUGAUCAAGAUUUGCCCAAUAACAUGAUCCAUCAGGUGCCAAUUAAAUCACUGCCUCAAGAAUGGCUUUGGUGUGAAACGUGGUGUGAUGACGCCUCUAAGAAGAGGGCAAAAACGAUUGACUUGUGUAAUAAUCCAAUGACCAAAGAGCCCAAGCUGGAAGCAGCUGUUCGAAUCGUCCCAGAGUGGCAAGACUACGACCAAGAGCUCAAACAGCUGCAGGUCCGCUUUCAGAAGGAGAAGGAAAGGGCAGCCCAGGGUGAGGAGAUGACACAGGAGCCACGCCAAGGACCUCAGACUCGUGAAGAGUUAUGACCUACAGAGAAGGAUAGGAAGCUGCACCAUUUGAAAACACUUUUUAUAUUGAACUCUAGUUUUUUCUGAUCUGUCUAUACAACUGCUGGUGACUUGGCUGGGCGGCUGCCCAGAUCCUUUUGAUGCUGAGCGUUUGUCUUUGACUCCUCCACAUGGCGGCUCUGAGUCUUUGGAGUUAAGGCUCUCUUGGAUUUGUGCCUCAGAGGAAGACCGGUGGCUGAUCUUUGGGGACUCUGUAAAGAGCAUUCUUCUAACCAGAAGGGAAAAUGGCAAAGGCAGUGGGAGGAAAACAAGUCCUGUGUGCCCCACCGAAGAGUACACACGUGCCACACUGUCAGGGAGCAGACCCAUCACAACUGCCAUGUUGUUCUUGCCUCUGCUGACUUGGCAGCAAGCUCACUGCAGCCUGAGCUGUGUGUAGGUUCCACUUUGAGAUGGGCCAUCCGGAGCUUCGUCCAAGGUCUGCACACCUCGAGGUUUAUGCCAGUGCACCUGUGCCCUUCCUGUGUUCUUCUCCCCGGCUUUAGUUCAGGGUUGAACUGAGACCCAACCAGCAAUUGUGUGUCUUUAGGGUUGGCUUGGGACAAGUUAAUUGGGACAGAAUGAGGGUGGGUUGGGGUGAGGGUAUGGAAAUAUCGGGUAGGAGGGCUCUGGGGUGUUGCCGUGGGAGGUGAGGAAGACCAGGAAUUGGCUGUUGUCUUUUGUAAACCAUCAGCAGUACCACUGUCACUAAUUUGAAAUGAAACAUUACUCUUAUUCUCCACCCAGCUUCACUGAAUAUUUUAGGUAAUUAUUUUGUAAACAAAUUUUGUAUCUGUGAAAAUAUUUGCUUUUUUCCCUCUUUCUAAACAAAUGUUGUUAUUGAUUUCCUUACUGGAUACAGCCAUAGCAAGCCCUCUAGUGGCAUGUCAGGAGGCUCAGGGCUACCUCAGGAAGGUCACUUUGUCCUUUCCUUCUCCUCCUCAGAGGGCUUUUCUCUCAGACACAGGGAAGUUGGCUUUUACUUUUCUCUACAAAAGACUCCAACACCUGAGACCAGGAGAAGUUUGGACUGUGUAAUUCAUAUUUUUUAGACAUUGUUCCACUCCUUUUAGUUUAGUGCUGUGGGUGGCCUUUGGCUUGCAGAAAUUCAGCAGUCCACCCAUCCUGACGCUCCAUAGGUGUAUCACGAAGCCACGUAAGCCCUUUAGUCAUUGCUUUUUUUGUGUUCACUUCAGCAGCUCCGAAAGGCCUUUUGGAGCAGCCUGUCCUCGUGAGAGGGCAGUGCUGGGAGGCUCCCACGAGGAGACUUCCGGUGUGUUGCUGGCCUGUGUGGGUGAGGUUCCAGGCCCUCCCCUUCAUCUCCCCAGCUGCAGGGAGCAGCAGCAGGAGCCCAGCCAUGGGCUCUCCUGUUGGCCUGCUUUUUAAAGAUAGGAGAAGGUGCAGAUGGACAGCUAAGUUCUCCCCAUCUAAGCCAGGUAACAACGUACUAGUUUGCAGUCUUUUUAAAAAAAAUCAGUCUUAUGACAAAUAUCAAGUCUCUCAGGCACUGUGAUGGAGCUUUCGAGUUUGCUUUUAUAAUUCCAUUAAACAUUGGGGAAGGGGGAUGAAAAGAUUUUUAGAUAAAUUGACCCAAGACUGAAAGUGUCCCUCAGAAUCAUUGCUGUUGAUGAAGGUUGCAACUUGAGUCCCUACUGCCCAGGUCCUCACGAGUCAGAGCAGCUGAAGGGAAUCAGUGAGAGUAAGAAACGCUUAUUCAGCUUCACCAUAGAUUUAUUUAAGCUUCCCCAAGGAUUCUGCUACUGCCACUUCUGUCUACAGCUGUGGGCAGAAUUGUGCAUUUUUCCAAUUCAUUUUCUGGGAGAUUGAGCGGGAAAUACUAGUCAUUGGGAUAUGCUUUUUAAUUCUGGUUCCCUUGGGACAUGAACCAGAUCACCUUUCUCCAUGUCCUUGUACCAGGUCUCUUGUGCAUGUUCCAUGUGAGGACAGCACAGUAUGAAAUCUGUUCUCUGUGUGGCAUGUGUGUCCUCAUUGCCCCUAUCUGUCACCACCCCAAACAAGAUCUUAUUAAUAUUUGAAUCUAAAUAUGCCAGACCCAGCUUACUUCUGAAAUGGCCUAGGGCCCUUCUUCUCUUGCCAAUAAUUCUUGAUUCAUGUGGCAUAAGCAUCUUUCAAAAUGAACCUCUGAUGCCGUAGGACGGAUGGGGAACGUCAGGCCCACAAAAUCAUUUGGUCUGGCCCUGCCAAGGCCUCACCAAAGAGCAGCAGUUCAGCCAUCACAUUAGAGGUGAGUUCCUUAAGUGUUUGGCCAAAUAGAGCAGGCUAAUUUUUAAGUUGAUAAUUUUGUAUCGCCUGCGAAUGAUGUAAAUAUCCAAAUGGCCCUUGGCAGAAAAAAGGUUCCCCACUCCUGCCCUAGGAAAUGGUGUUACCACUAAAAUUCAGUCUUGGUCAACUUUGUCUGUUGACUCUACUGUAUGAAAGCAAAUAGUGACUGAAAAGAUAGAUAAGAUGUUCUUUUCCAAGACACAAGAAUUGAUUGCAGUGAAACAUUUAAGUUUCUGGAAACUGUUCAUAGUGCAUUGUUUUUAACCAUUUGUAUGUAAUGGUUUUUUUUUUCUCUCUCUCAUGCUAUAAUGGAGAAUUUUCUUUUGAAUGAGCGCCAGAAUGAUAUAAAAUAAUGUGACUUUUUAUGUUCCAUGAACAGUGGAUUUUGACUGAGAUCUAAGCCCGUGCACACAGCCUGCUGCUGGGGCUAUGGGGGCAUGCCUAUUUUGUUUUAAACUUGUAUUCAAUACUACCACACUGAGAAUGGUGGCAUGUUCGCUUUUUAUAAGAUUGAUAAAAGUGUCAGAUCUGUCAAAAUGUGGCAUUUCAAAGGGAAGCAGACAGACGUUUGCCUACCCACUGAGUGUGCAUGUAUCGCAGUAGGUCCAGUAUGUGUGAAUUCAGCUCUUGGAAGAACAAAGAUUUUACAUAUACUAAGAAAUAGUUUCUAAGAAUGGACCUUAAUUUAUUCUGCUGUUCUCAUAAUUCCUCACAUCAUGAACCUUGUUAAGGCUUUGCCUGAAUGAACAACUUUAAUCUGGUUGCAGGGACUAAUUAUCCCAGAUGAAGUGCUGAAAGCUAGGGAUGGCAGCACAAUUUUUCCAAGAGACUGGCCCCAGUGAUAGGGAGGAAUUUCCAAUUCAUGGAAAUGGAAAUGUUUUGGUAAGGCCACCUAAUGGAAACUUUUCCUUGGUAACACAAAUGGAGGGUGUUAUUUAAAUACACAUGCCGUUGUGUGAUUUUUUUAUAAUUAGUUUUUUAAAUAUUUGAUUUUUGGGGGAAAAUUUGGGGAAUAAUUGGAGUGAAUCAACUUACAUAUAGCUGUCAUGUGUCUAGUUUGGUGGGAUAGCAUUUUUAAUUUAAAUUCAUGUUUUCCCUGCCUUCGUGUAGUGAGGAAAGACCUUAUCAGGACUUUGGUAAUUACGUGAUUGAAUCCAGGCCUGUUAGAGUCAUUGACUCGUGUUAUCAUUGGUAUUUCAGAGUACCUGGAGAGUAUUGAUCUCUUUCAUUAUUUGAUCUUUGAUCUCUUGAUCUAAUACAGAAAGAAUGCUUCUGGGUGGCAGUAAAUCAGCGCACUAAGUAGAGGAUCCCUCCCCUCACAGUAUAAAAACAACCACAAAAGCUGCUGCAUGCUCUCUAGAAAUAGUUCAUAAAGUUUAAACUCCAUGGUGAUGAUUUUGGAAGCAGAACGCCAUCUCCUGAGUCUUUCCCAAUUAUUUAGCAACACAGAGGCCAAAUGUGGAAGAUUUAAAUUGAGCAGGAUACAGGUUAGGGUAUGAGCUAAGGCCUUCAUCCUAUCUGUAAUUUAUGUAUUGCCUUACUUGUCACAAUUUAGAUUUCCAGAGAAUUGGGCAUAAUUCCUCUUCAAAAUGAAAGUGUCAGAAUACAUUAACCUAAGGUCAACAAUUUGAGGAGAAGAUUAUCAAGUACCAUGUUUUCCAACCAGUAAUCCUUGGUAACAGUGUAAACAUGGAAAAACGGAGAAAAUGUUAAAAAAACUCACCUAUGUAUUUAAACAUCUCCCCCCCCUUCUUUAUAAAAAAACUAUUCUAUUUUACUGUAAUUCUGUUCCACUAAAUGCAGCAUAGGACCAGGUGCUGCCCUUGCUUGGGAACAAGCAUUGGGGCUCUGAAUGUCUGCAGAGCCCUCUGCACCUGAAGUGAAAUGUGAAUGAAUUUCUUGCUACUGUAAUGAAAAUAAGGUCUGCUCAAUACAAUAAACUUCUCCUUCUCUUCUGGAAA